AACACACCCAAAGCCAGAGAGGGAGAGAUGAGGGAAAAUUCCAAGAAACGACGUCGCAAAUGCCUUCCCAUACAAAAAUUACAACACGCUUGUUAAUAUAUCUAAAAAAAAUCAGUAUAGAUUUCAAUUUAACAGAGACAGUGGGCUGGUUAUACGCAAAGCCACUUGGAAUUAAGCGCCCAUAUCAUUUCUCUGUUUCCAAACCCUAACAAAAGCGCCAACAAAACCACCCCUCCCUCCCUCUCUCUCUCUCUAUAGAUCUCAUCCGCCUGAGGAUUUCCGUUAAUGCUGUACAGCACUCCCCUAACAAACCAAGAGUGUGACUCAUUCAUUUACAUGAGCAGUGCUUUCCUUGCAUGAUUGUAGGGCAUGGCGUCGGCUUGUGUGAACAAUAUAAGUGUGUCGCCGGAGAAUUUCUCGCCGGCUGCUUACCCAUCGUAUGGCUGGUUGAGUCCCCGAAUCUCUUUCAGUCGCGAAGAAGAUGCCUCCAAGCAACCAGGAUCCUCCAAAACUGUCUCAUGUGAUACUCCGGUUGAAAAUCCGCCGGAGAUUCUAGAUCCUGUCGACUUUGAGUUCCGACUGGAGGAUCCUGUAACCAUGCUACCCGCCGACGAGCUUUUUUCCGAUGGGAAGCUUGUGCCACUGCAAGUUACUAGUCUUAAGCCGGUUAAUGCUAUGAACGAGAUCAGAUCGCCGGAGACUGCGAAAUCUUGUCGUAGAAUGGAGAUGGAAAUAUCCAGCACUGAUCCCUACUUAUUUUCCCCGAAAGCCCCUAGGUGUUCGAGCCGAUGGAAGGAGCUCUUAGGGUUGAAAAAGCUAUACCAGAAUGCGAAUAACAAAGCUGAAACCCAUAAAACAACCUCUUCGUCAUCUUCAUCAAACCUUAACCCAAAAUCUUUGAAGCAUUUCUUGCAUAGAAGCUCAAAAUCUUGCAGUUGCAGCUCUUCAUCUUCCUUAGACCACUCUCUGAGUCUUCCGUUGUUAAAGGACUCAGAUUGUGAGUCCGUUUCCAUUUCUUCUUCUCGAUUAUCGCUUUCUUCUUCAUCUUCGAGCCAUGAACAUGAGGAUCUCCCUAGACUUUCACUCGAUUCAGAGAAACCAAACACGAGUUUGAACUCCCUCCAAAAUCCUAACCCGAGCCCAAACCCAUUUGUCCUCAAUCGCAAUCCAAACCAAAAUCCUCCUAGAAUGAGAAUGGUGAAGCCUAGAUCAGAGACUAAUUGCAAUAGCAGCAACAACAGUAACAAUAAUCCAACGGCUAGUACGAGAGCGGGGAGGAGCCCAAUGAGAAGGACCGCAGGGGAAUCGAGUGGAGUGACGAGCAGAGGAGUUUCAGUGGACAGUCCGAGAAUGAAUUCGUCAGGGAAGAUAGUUUUCCAGAGCUUGGAAAGGAGUUCCAGUAGUCCAAGUAGCUUCAACGGCGGUCCAAGAUUCAAGCACAGAGGAAUGGAGAGGUCAUAUUCAGCCAAUGUGAGAGUCACUCCAGUUCUCAAUGUUCCCGUUUGUUCCCUGAGAGGAACUUCUAAGUCAGUCUCUGUAUUCGGCUUUGGUCAACUAUUUUCAUCAUCUCCUCAAAAAAGAGAAACCAGUAACAAAGCGCAACAGCAACAGCAGCAGCACAGUAGUAGCCGGAACCGGACUGAUCGAACAUAGCAAGGAAGAGAAAGCGAAAGAGAGAAGGGUAACAACAACACCAUCAUUUAGCUUUUAACUUUUAGAUUUUUAGAGCGUGUUUAAUGCUAUUCAUGGGAUUUCGGUUAUGGACUUUUCUUCAAUUUUUUUUUUAUCCCUUAUCUCUUUUUUCAAAUUACCACAUGACAUUGGGGUUCUUUUAGAUGGCUGUAUAUAAGCGGCGGGUUCUGUUGGUUAUUGUUGUUGAUGUCAUUCCGUUAUGUUCCUAUUUUAGUUGGUUCUUGUUCCACUGAUCUAACAACCAGCUAAUCCCUGUAGUUGUUUCUUGACUGAAAGAUAUGGAAUCUCUCUCUCUCACUCUGGUUUCUCACUUUCUCUGGUUGGGAAUGGCAAGCUGUGUUUGAUCUGCACGCGCUUCAAGAACUCGUAUUUUGCUUAUGGGCAAUCUAAUAUAAUCUGAUGUGUUUAUCUCUA